AGUUUGAACGCUGUCAGAGGUCCGUUGAAGUGUCACGACGAUUGAUUCUCGAAUUGACAACACUAUUAGUAUUUCAGCAAUCAACACAAUAUAUUAUAUCACCUUUUUAUCGUUUCUCCUUGCAAAACACAACACGCACCCACAGAGCUGAAAGUAAGGUAGACUAUGCACAGGAUACGCAAAACAACGCGUCUUGACAAGAUCACUUCGACAAGCGAAUAUCACGAUGCACAGCUUCCCGCAUGUUUUGACUGUGCAAGUCGUUGCUAAAACCGGUCUGCGCCCGCAAUCUCAGCGGACAGCGCGAGAAUUCAAGAUGGUGGUGGAACUUAUUCUGCUACAUCAGGGAUUCCCUUCGCGAAAUCCCUCGAUGUGCAGACUGCAGACGCUGAUCUCGUGCGACGCGACGUCGGACGUUGAAAGAUCUGUUAAAUCGUCAAUUGUUAUUGUUACAUAUUGUUUCAUUAAAUCUCUUGCAAGUUUUAACUUUGUUGAAAAAUCAGAUUAUUAAUAAAUUUAUUUAAUUAUGAGCGAUCCCGUAGUUAUAAAACUUUUUAAAAAACUACUCGAUGAAGCAACAAAUUCCGAUAAUCUUGAAGCUGAUACGAAGAAAAUUAAUACUCUCGUUAACAUGAUUAAUGAGAAAAUGAUUUGUGGAAAAAUCAGUAUGGAGGAAUUACGCAAGAAAGUCUUAGACAAAAAUCCUCAUACUGUUUAUUAUGCUUUAUUAAUUAUGGAAGAAGUAGUACAACAUUUGAAGACUGUUCAUGAUACUAAUAAGGUUUCAGAUAAUAUUUUAGAUAUUUUGAAAAAAUUGAGUGUUCACACUAGACAUGAAAAAAUAAUGUCUAAAACAAUGUUUUUGAUGGAAGAAUUGGAAAAAUAUCAGGAUUCUCAAAAAUUGUUUGACAAAAAUGUACAUACUCGUGAUAAAUGUGAAUCCGAAAUGUCAGAUAAUGAUUUUCAAGGCAAUUUGAAAAAAAUUCAAAUGGAUCAAAAAGCCAAAUAUAAGGCUUACUUAAAAUCUUUAGGUAAAGCUACCUCAUCCGAUGAAGAAGAAGAAAAAGAAGAAGAAGAAAAAGAAAUACAAAACAGUUAUUUUAAAACUGAUCCAAUAUUGAAGUUAAAUAUUUGUCAAAAGGUUGAUAAUCUUGCUCAUGAAAUGAAAAAGAAACUACCUAAAGAUUUAGAAAUUUCUAAAAACCAAAGAAAACAACUUGCUACAAGUGCAAGUAAAAUUAGAGCAAUAAAACAUCAAUCGUAUGUAGAAGAUCAUGCAGAAGUAUUUUGCAGAAGUAUGAGACAAUGUGCACAAGAAAAUUGUGCAGAUUGCAAAAGAUAUAAAAAGGCUACGGCUCCAGAAGAGCCACUACCAAAACAACUUCCAUAUGAAAUGCGUAAGGUCAAAGAAAGCAAGUUAAGAAUCAGAAGUGUUUUCGAAGAUAUAAAAAAAGAGAAACAAAAAGAAUAUUAUCAUAAAGUAAAACCGUUUUAGUACUUAACAUUUAAUGCUUUGCUAUUAUUUAAUGUGCAACUAGGAUUAGUUUAUUCAAGUUUAUUUAUUUUACUUUUGAUGAUAUGUACAAUUGAUCAUAACACUGGGAUGCACAUAGUACUACUACUACCAAUCAUGAUAUACAACAAUUUACAUAUAAAUUGGUGAUGUGUUAUACAUAUUUAUAUAUUGCAUUUUUGAUUGAGUCUUCAAUGAUAGUUUAUUGCAUGCUUAAGUUUAAGAAUAAUCAUCAUAGUUUAUAAAAUUUUUGUA